GAGAGCGAGCGAGCUGCCGUGUGUGCAGUGCGUUCUUCUUCCUCCUCCUCUCGUCGCCUAGUAGCACUAGCAGCAUAUGAAACCCUUUCUUGUCAAAAUCAUUUCGUUCCUGAGUCCGUUAUAGUUGCCUGCCGUCUUCCUCAAUUCGAGCGCAACAAGAAACCAGGAAGCUUUGUUUCUUUCUGCGCAAUUUAGCAGGCUAGGGUUAGGGCUUUUUUUUCUUGAACUUGUACUUGUUGUGUUGGAGACCUAUCGAUUGAUCUGAGUAUGGAAGGCUCAGCAGCAGCAGCAGGAGGAGGAGGUGCAGGGGGAGGGUCGAAGAAGGAGGAUAGCUUGCCGCCGGGGUUCAGGUUCCACCCGACGGACGAGGAGCUCAUCACGUACUACCUGCGGCACAAGAUCGCCGACGGCAGCUUCACGGCGAGGGCCAUCGCCGAGGUCGACCUCAACAAGUGCGAGCCGUGGGAUCUCCCGGAAAAAGCGAAGCUCGGUGAAAAGGAGUGGUAUUUCUUCAGCCUAAGGGACAGAAAGUACCCAACCGGUGUGCGAACAAAUCGCGCAACUAAUGCUGGUUACUGGAAGACAACAGGCAAGGAUAAAGAGAUCUACACUGGGCAACUACCAGCCACGCCAGAGCUAGUAGGGAUGAAGAAAACCCUGGUGUUCUACAAAGGAAGGGCUCCUCGGGGUGAGAAGACCAACUGGGUCAUGCAUGAGUAUCGCCUGCACUCAAAAUCAGCCCCCAAAUCUAACAAGGACGAGUGGGUGGUGUGCCGGGUCUUCGCCAAGAGCGCCGGCGUCAAGAAGUACCCGUCCAACAACGCGCACUCGCGGUCGCACCACCACCCGUACACGCUGGACAUGGUGCCGCCCCUCCUGCCCACGCUGCUCCAGCACGACCCCUUCGCGCGCGGGCCCCACCACCCGUACAUGACUCCGGCCGACCUGGCCGAGCUCGCGCGCUUCGCCCGCGGCACGCCGGGGCUGCACCCGCACAUCCAGCCGCACCCCGGGACGGCGGCGGCGUACAUCAACCCCACCGCCGUGGCGCCGCCGUUCACGCUCUCCGGCGGCCUCAGCCUCAACCUCGGCGCCUCCCCGGCCAUGCCGUCCCCGCCGCCGCCGCCGCUCCACGCGAUGUCGAUGGCGAUGAGCCACCAGAUCGCGCCGAGCGGUGCCGGCGCCGCGGGUAGCCAUCAUCAGGUGAUGGCAGGCGAUCACCACCAGCAGAUGGCGCCGGCGGGGCUCGGCGGGUGCGUGAUCGCGCCCGGCGCGGACGCAGGGUUCGGCGCGGACGCGGCCGGGGCGCGGUACCAGAGCUUGGACGUGGAGCAGCUGGUGGAGAGGUACUGGCCUGCCGGGUACCAGGUGUAGUAGCUGUGGAUCCCACCGUGCGCUUGCAGUGCGCCAGUGCCAAAGUGGCAAGCAAAAUUGUUGGUCUUAUCAUACAUGUAGGAAGACAAGAUUUGAGGUGAUCUAGUGAUCCUUCGUCGUUGUAUGAGUAGCUGAAGUUAUCUAUCUUCUUUUGGUUUUGCUGUGGUGUAAUGUUGUUUAGGGGUUUGUUUGUUGUCUUGGCUUGCAGGAAAUCGGAGGAUAGGUUGCUUGACGCUGGUAGCAUGUGCCCCCCAAAACAAUCAGGCUUGGUAGUGAGCUCAUUCAUAUAGGGCGAGACUGAGGUGUACCCGUGCGUGUGAUGUGUUCAUGUUCAAUGUGCAUGUUUCUUCAAACCUAA